AUGAUCAUCAUUCAGGUUAGUCAAGCACUAAACAAUGAUUUAUUAUCAUCAUCAUCAAUCGAGGAUAAUCGGGAACAUCAAUUAUAUCGUCGCUAUUCGAGUCAAGUCGCUAAAAUGUUGAAACAAAUUUUACAACGUGGGGAGAUGCAAUUUGAACCUUCUCGUUUUCAUAAAUUUCUUGGUAGACUUAAUCGUCGUAAAACAAUUGAUCAAAUGAAAAAUCCUCUAAUGAAUUAUUUUUAA